CAACCACCCGUCACCACCACCACCAUCACCACACACCCACAAUGUCAACCCACCUCCCCCUCCGUGUCCUCCGCAGACCUCCUGGUCCUUCCACCCGCCAAUGCAUUUUCUUCCCUCAGCCAGUCCACUCACGCGCACGGCGCCCCCCCACAAUCCCAACCCACCUUUACCGUAACAUCUCAUCCACGCCCGCGUUCCAGAAAACAAAGCCCCUUAUGGACCCCUCCCAAAUCCGCGCGGCGACAAAGAAUCAAAAAAGUAUGGCGCCGGCGUCAGCGAUCCAGGAGCAGAUUGAUAAUCCGGAUUUUAUGCCCGAUGAACAUGGGUUGUUACCUGGUACAAUCAUCCGUCCUUCAUGGCGCGAAUUACCGAACCCAUUCACGGAACCAAAAAAUAGGGCUUACUAUGAAUGGCGGUGGCUCAAGGCGCGAAUUACAGAUUUGUUCUCGCGCUUUGUAUACAAAUUUCGGGUCAGGAAGGGCAAGGGCAGGCCGAAGCUGAGUCGGAAGUCGGCUUUGGCGGAUGCGAAGGUGGCGUAUGAGGAGAUGUGGAAGAGGUUUGCCGACAAAGACGAAAAAGCCCUCCAGGAAAUCUGCCUCUCCUCCAUCAUGAAGCCCCUCAUAACGCACCUCGCCGCGCGUCCCGCGACCCAAACAAUAACAUGGCGGCUCCUCAAGCACCACCGUAGCCCCGUCAUCGUCUCCAAUCGAUCGUACAAAUUCUCUCAGCGCGGUUUCGAGGAAAGCGCUAUGCGUCAGAUUACUAUACGGUUUCGAACUAGGCAGUUGAUUACCACGUAUGAUAAACCUAAGGUGGUGCCGACAUCGAGGGGAAAGCAGAAAUACAACCCCCUUCAAUCCCUAGCCCGCCCCGCAAACAUAAACCCUGUCGAUGCCGACGUCCUCUGGACGCCCUCCGGCCCAAAACCCCGGGAAGAAGUCGAAGGCGACGGCGGCCCUAGCAUCUCGCGCAUAGAAAAAGACGUAGACGAAUACGUAGUCUUUCAGCGAAUGAUGAAGCGAGGGAAAGAGGAGGAAUGGAAAAUUUGGGGUUGGGCAACUCCGACGGAUUUGAAAUCUAUUAAGGAAGAGGAUGAGUUUAUGCGGAAGAUGGAGGAAUUUAACUUGGCGCAUCCUGAUGCUGUGUAGAGGGGAGGGGAAGGGAGUGGGCAGAGUGAGAUACGUUAGUUGGAGGGAACAGAAGAUGGAGGGUGUGAGGGGACGGCGGUGCAAUGUAGAAUUAUUGUGAAAGAUAGGACUUGGGGCCUCCAACUACGCCGAUUCUGAGAGUGUAUACUGUACAGGUAUAUGUAUGGAAAAGAACUACACCUCCCGUCGUUGGGCUUUGCGGUUAUGGCACAUUCACAGUAAGGCAUUCAAGACAACAUAUUCACAGCAGUUCCAUGACUC